UCCGGGUUUCUCGGAGGGCGAGAAGGGCCGUUGCGGCCCGGGAGCAGGGCCAUGGAGAAGCUGCGGCGAGUCCUGAGUGGCCAGGACGACGAGGAGCAGGGCCUGACCGCGCAGGUCCUGGACGCCUCGUCCCUCAGUUUCAACACCAGGCUGAAGUGGUUUGCCGUUUGCUUCGCCAGUGGCGUCUGCUUCUCUGUUCUUGGAACAGGAUUGCUGUGGCUUCCUGGUGGCAUAAAGCUUUUUGCUGUGUUUUAUACCCUUGGAAAUAUUGCUGCCUUAGCCAGUACGUGCUUUUUAAUGGGACCCGUGAAACAACUGAAGAAGAUGUUUGAAACGACGAGAUUGCUUGCAACGAUUGUUAUGCUUUUGUGUUUCAUACUUACCCUGUGCGCUGCUCUUUGGUGGCAUAAGAAGGGCCUGGCCUUAUUAUUCUGCAUAUUGCAGUUCUUGUCGAUGACCUGGUAUAGUCUGUCAUACAUCCCGUAUGCAAGGGAUGCGGUAAUUAAAUGCUGUUCUUCUUUGCUGAGUUAAAAAUCAGAAACUCUUUGACAAGAGCAUUUGAAAGCUGAUAUUCUGGUUUUGGUGAAGUAUACUUUUCCUGAUAACAUUAAUCACUCCAAAAAAACAGCUGCACUGGCCAUUUAAGACCAUUUUGUAUACUGAUAAAAACUACAUGCUAAUUAAACUGUUAACUGCUUGUGACGUUAAAUUCAUUUUGUGUCAUUAAGAUGCUCUUCCAGAGAUAAGGAUAUUUUAAUCAUUGCCAAUUGUAAAUGAUUUUUAGCCAGUUUUUUAAUCUUUUCUAAACAGCAUCUGAGAUGU